AAGUUCAACUGUUGAACUCUCUGUUAGAGGCUUCCCCUAUACUGCAACACAAAAGUUCCUUGUUGUCCACGGAUCUUUCAUCAGCAAAAUCCUCUAUUUAAGCUCUCUAUUCUGCAUUUGCUCUACUUUCUUUAACCGUUCUCUCUUUAUAAUCUUCUGCUGCUGCUUCAAUUCUUUUCUUUUUUUAGCUUUCUUUGCGCAUAUAUAUAUAUACAUACAGCUUUCUUGAUUGCUUGAAUUCUUGAUAUCUUAAUAUGGAAGAGGCUAUUGUGGUGAACAAAGGAGAAGAUCUUAUCGAUCUGCCGCCUGGUUUUCGCUUCCAUCCGACAGAUGAAGAGAUUAUAACUCAUUACUUAACAGAGAAGGUUAUGAAUAGUGGUUUCAGUGCAUGUGCUAUUGGCGAAGUUGAUCUCAACAAGUGCGAGCCAUGGGAUUUGCCCAAGAAAGCAAAGAUGGGGGAGAAAGAAUGGUACUUCUUUUGCCAAAGAGAUAGGAAGUAUCCAACUGGUAUGAGAACUAAUCGAGCUACUGACUCUGGAUACUGGAAGGCGACUGGAAAAGAUAAGGAGAUUUAUAAGGGAAAGAAUUGCCUUGUUGGGAUGAAGAAGACUCUUGUUUUCUACAAAGGAAGAGCUCCUAAAGGAGAGAAAACCAAUUGGGUUAUGCAUGAAUAUAGACUUGAAGGCAAAUUCUCUUACUACAAUCUUUCUAAAGCUGCUAAGGAUGAUUGGGUUGUUUGUAGGGUUUUCCACAAGAGCAUAGGAAUCAAGAAAACUUCAAUUCAAGACCUUUUAAGGGUGAAUUCUUUUGGCGAUGAUUUCCUUGAUUACUCUUCACUCCCACCUCUUAUGGAUCCACCUAACUCAAGCAGACCUAGCUCAAGCUUCAACAGUGGGGACGACGAUUUCAAGGCAAUGACAUCAAGAACAAUGGAUGGAAACUAUUUAUCUCAAUUUUCUACAACCAUGGUUACUAACCAUAAUCAAAACUAUUUUCAUCAUCAGCCUUCAAAUUCUAGCUACCAACAACAACCGAGCUCCAUUUUCUACCCUCAAAUCCCGAGUUUCACCUUCCAAACUACACCAAAUAUGUCUGCUGCUGGCUACUUCCAAAACUCUACCUUUGGUGCAAAUGAUCAAACCCUUUUAAGAGCACUAGCAGGCAAUACUAGAAUUGAGCCAUCAAGGCAGGAAAAGCUGUGCAAGGUUGAACAGUUUUCAUCUAACCACUCCAUGGCUACUCUAUCACAAGACACUGGACUUAGCACUGACGUGAACACAGCGGCGGAGAUAUCAUCAGUGGUGGUGUCGGAGCAAGAAAUUGGAAGCAAUAACAAGGUGUACAAUGAUCUUGACCAAGGUCCAUCAUCAGUUGCAGAUUUAGAUAGCUUGUGGGAUUACUAGCUAAACAUGGAAAUGUUCUACAAGAGUGCUGCUAGCUUUCUUCUAUAAAAUUCUUAGGGAUAUAAACAUAUGAUUUGAAACAGUCCUCUGAUGAUGAUCUCCACUAGGUAAAAUUUGAUUUGAGUAGUUGUAUUGAGUUGGUUUUCAGAAAUUAAUCAAUACUUUUGUAUAGCUUAUUAGAGGUUUAAAUUCAUGGUGUCCAAAACCUUGUCAGAUUUCAUUUUUAGUGGCAUAUACAAAAGGGAUAGAUACCAUGAAACAUAUAUAUAUAUACUUCAUGUACAUUUAUUCUUUUAUAGCAGUGCAUUUUGUUCUUUUGA